AUGAAAGGCUCACUUUCCUCGUACGAGAAGGAUCUUCCGAGCGAUCUUCUUGAGCUGAUUGAUCACACAACACGAGGGGUGCAGCGUCUGUACGAAACGACGCGGCGCAGGGAAACUUUGGGUGAGUCGAGAGAGCGGAAGGCGUUUGUAGAUGAUGGACGCGCAAGCGCAUGUGGUGUGCAACACACAGAGGAAUUGGCAGGGACGGCACGAGCAGGCGGUGGCGUAGCCGUUCCGCCUGUCAUGGGAAAAAAGAGGACAGCCGGAUUAUCAUCAUCCUUGUUGCCACGCACAACGACAGCAGCGGUACACGAGGACAGGCCGCCACAUUACUGUUAUCAAAGUGAAAACGGGAGGCCGCUUCAAAAACACCGCCGUGAACCGAAUAAUAAAGACACGAGUGCGGAGAGCAGCGGGACAAACGGGGCGCGGCGGUGGCCGUGGAGUCGUGUGCAGACGUUAUCGAUGGGCGUUGCUGCGGAUGGGCGUUCUGGCACCUCCACAACUAAUACGACGCUGUCAUCGGAUGCCCCAUCUCGUACGCUUUUAGCCCAUUCGACGCAAGGAGCAGCAAGAAGCGGCCAAAACGUCUCGGUAAAAGGCACCGUGAACACUUCUACCACCGGUACGGAGGAUAAUAAUGCCUCUCAGAUUGGCCAACGGUGGAAAGACACAUUUAGGUCUCUUCUCUCCGGUGCGGCGGCAAAUAAUACGAAUACCCCAACACCAGCGGCCACUGAGGCUUCUGCCGCACCAUACGAAAACACGCACACGGAGCAAAGAGGGCCGGUGACGAAUCUCCCGCAUGAAACCUCGCUGUCACUGGAGGCCACAGAGACAAGAAGACAGCAUGACGCUCAUGCAUUCAUAUCGACACAAACGAGCGCGGCUUUGGAACGUUUGCGGCGCCAGUUGGCGGAACAGGAAGCAUCCCACCGUGAGGAACUUUCGCGUAUCCGCAUGGAGCACAAUCGGGAACUUUCCCAGCUUCGUCACGAGGCCUUGGAGACGCGGCAGAAAUCUGAAGAGGAGGUCACAACGCAACUUCAGGCAUCCUUUAACGUGAAGCAGAAGUUGCUUCAGGUCGCAGUUGAGGAAGAGCGGUUGCGGGCGGAUGAAGCGCGAAAGACAGUGGAAGAAAGGGAGAAGGCUAUUGAGAAACUAAAAGUAGAGUUGGAGGCUGCCACUUCCCAGCGCCAAUCUUUGCAGGGCGAUGUGGACGCAAAGAAGAGGCAAUUGGCAGAUCUACGUGAGUCUUUGAAGGGUACACGAAAGCGGCUGGCCGAGCUGGAAGAAGAAUUGGCGAAGCGCAAAGGAGAUCUGGUGGAGAGCAGGCAGCGUGAGAAAAUGAUGACGAUGCGUGAGAAGGAUGCGUUGGAUUUGGUGAGCCGUUUGGAAUUACAGCUGCGGGAGCAGGACCAGCGCUCACGGGAGGAACUUCGCCGGCUGGAAGCGGAGUUCCAUCUAACCACUAAGAGCUAUCAGGAUCUGAUUGGUGAGGCAACCGAAAAAUUAACUGCACUGGAGAAGGUGGAGCGAAAGUACCAUGCGCUGAAGGAACAGCGCCGGCAGCAGAAGGAACAACAGGAGGAAUUGGCAUUAAAGUUGACUUCCGUGCAGGAGGAUAAAAAACACUUGACCGAGCGUCUGGAAUUCCUGCAGCAGGAGCUGGAACAACUCCGCCUUCAGAUUGCACGGAAGGAACACGAAAUGCGUGAGGAACGUGCAGGGCAUCAAAAAAUUGUGGAGGGCAUCACACAACAACUGCAAGAGGAAGAGCACAAAUAUUGUCGUGAAGUCGAAGCGCUGCAACAGGCCUUACGUCAUGCAGAGGACCGCACGGUGCGUCUGGAACGCGAGGUGGAGGGUUUAAGUGAACAGCUGAAAGAGGAGCAGGCGCACAGCAAGCAACUGCUGUUGAAAAUGGAGCAAAGCGCGCUGCGGCACCAGGAGGACCUUUCCAGUACACGUCGUGCGGCAUCUGCACACCAGCAGCAGACGGAAAGUGUGCUGUCCAGCUUGAGACGGCAGCUGCGUGAGAAGGACGCGAAGUUAGAGGCGCUUGCCACGACGGCAUCGGAGCCUAUUCAGCGGCUACGCAAUCAACUUGAAGACGAGCGCAGCAAGCGAGCCCACCUUGAGGAGCAAUUUAAUCGGUACAAACAAAGGGCGAAGGUGGCGAAGGAAGCCGCACUACGCGAGAUUCGGCGGGAGCAGCAGCGCGCGCCCUUUGCCCCGCGUUCUCUGAGUCGAACAUCUGCUCCGCCGCCCUCCACAUCUCCUUCAUACGAUGGAGGAAAGGGCUUUCUUGGGGCUGAGCCUUAUACUGUACAGGUUUCUGAAACAACAACACCAAAAGAUCAACGUGUGCCAAAGGCAGUUUUGCCGCUCCCCCCACACUCAUACGAGCGCUUAAGGGAAAGGAGUGCCACGACACCACAAAGCUCCAAAAUGGCUCAAACAGGAUGGGACUCUGUAGGAUCUAUUUCUAAUAUCUCUCGAAGCUCACCCUUGUGUAGUAGCCGAGGUGAGGUGAUUGAGACCGUAGAUCCCCCGUCGGGAGACACUGGCAAUCGCUGGGAUGCCACGCAAACAACGCUUCCUACUUCAUCUCAGCCACCUCAGCUAGAUAAUAUAGACGAAAGGGUUCUGCAGCACGAACAAAUUCUUCGCGAUUUUCAUCAAUCUGCGGCGGAGGUGUUUCGGAAAAUCACAUGCAACCGCGACGAAUUCCUCGAAAAAUGUACCUCCGUAGUGCGUUCUGUAUCGCACCGUGGUGGCGAUGGUGAGCGCUUUGUUUCCAGUACAACCCAUCAGGGCUUGUUGAGUUGA